AUGAUGAGCUCCAAAGAGGAGGAAACUCUCAGUUUUUUCCAGUAUGUUGAGGAGAAUGGCCUGAGAGCCUACAACGGCCUGGUAGCUCAGAACUUGGACCACGCCAGGAAUGAGAGAAAUAGGGCAUUCCUGCAGGAAAAAAACGACAAGAAAAGAAAACAGGAGGAAGCCAUAAGGAGAACGGGUGAGGACAUAGCGACUGAAGGCAAGCACUUGCGUAUGGGCUCGAUAACCAUGCCGGACCCCCAGGAACGCAUGCCCAUUCCCCACCUGCAUGCCAUCGCCUGCGGACAGGGCUUCUCCGUACGAUCCCAGUCCCUCCACUCCGUCGGCGGUGGGAACAGUGGGGGCGGUGGAGAGGAGGAAGUGGGAAGCCCGACCUCGAGGAAACAGCCCCCACCUAAGCCCAGGAGGGACCCGGCCACUAAGCUGAGCAUGUCGUCCGAGGCGGUGGACCACAGUCCCAUGUCCACCUGCCGCGGGGAGAGAUGUGACGCCAAUCAGAGUCAGAGAUGCAGCGAGGACUGCAGGAGGGUGCCGCCACCCAAACCCAAGAGGAACCCCAACACACAACUGAGUGUUUCCUUUGAUGAGUCCUACAUUAAGAGCCAUGGAGGCAGCGGGGUGUGCCCUUCCAAACCUCUCCACCACGUCACUUCCCCUUGCGAACGCAACCCCUCGCCUCCACAGAGUGAUGAGAGCCCUACAGACGACUGUGAAGAUGAGCCUGUCUAUAUAGAAAUGGGCGGGAUUGAUGUUGGAACAAGAGAGCCCUUGAAGAGUGAGGAUGAGGAGCCGGGAGAGUCCGUUUACGAGGAGAUGAAGUACCCUGCUCUGGACGAUAUGGAGUACCGCACUGACCCUGUGGGAUGUCGUUCUGCAUGCCCCACCCCGGCACCCUACGACCCCGAGCCCCUCAGUCGCUGCUCCACACCUCGAAACAUUCCCCUCUGCGACAUUCCUGCCCCGUUCCCCAAUCUACUCACCCAUCGACCUCCACUGUUGGUGUUCCCACCAGCACCAGCCCAGUGUUCGCCCAACUCAGACGAGUCUCCCCUCACCCCUUUAGAUGUAGCCAAACUGCCCAUGCUGGAGAACCAGUCCUACAGCAAAUCCCCCACCUCUUCCACCGAGCCGCCCUCCUCUGCACAUAUCCGUAGGGAGCUCACUGCCACCCCAACGCUCACUGUCUCUGGACGCUCCUCUGCACCUCCUCUACCCUGCACCCUCUACAAAUCUUCAUCAUCAUCCUCCUAUCAGCGAAGCCACUCGGCUUGCCCGUCGCCGGUCAGCAUGGGCCGCUGCCUCACUCCUCUGAGCCUCAUGCGUACACCUCCCUUCGAUGCUCCAAUGCCAUUCCCUGGUGGUCUGCCGCGGAGCGCAUCCGCCACGCCUCACGGCAAAGGCUCGCCACCUCAAGACGGCGUAGGACGACUCCAUGGCUCUAUGCAGAACGUGUCGACGGGCCGUUCGCGAACACCCACCAGCCCACUUGAUGAACUAACCAACCUGUUCACCGCAGGCAGGAAUAUGAUGAAGAAAAACACCAGUGGCAGGAAGUCUAAAGAGCCUGGAGAGACUGAGUCCAAAAGCAAGUCGCACAGCGAGUCCAAGCGAGAGGGCAAGGAGCGGCACAGUCACAGCAAGGAGUCCAAGCGGGAGUCCAAGGAGCGCCACAGCAAAGAGUCCUCUCAUCGAAGAGACAGAGACAAAGACAGAGACAAAGACAAAGACAAAGAUAGGGGGAGCAACAAUGUGGAACCUCCAUCGCACAGACGCAACAGUAAAGACCGCACUUGUAGCAGUGUAGAUACACCACCUGUUCGCAGGGACAGCAGGGACCAGGGCUGCAGCAGUGUGGAACCCAUCCCUGUGAGACGGGACUCCAAAGACAGGGGCUGCAGCUCCCUAGAGCCCGUCCCUCUGAUAAGAAGAGACUCCAAGGACAGAGGGAUUAGCAACGGUGACCUUCUGCCAAGGAGGGACAGCAAAGAUCGCAGCGGGGGACAUGGAAUGGAGUCUUUGCUGAGACAGGACAGCAAAGACAGACUGAUAGAUCAGCCGCCUGAGCUGUUACCGAGACAAGAUAGCAAGGAAAGGGCAAGGAACGGUGUAGACUAUAGACAUGAAAGCAGAGAGAGACUGUUGGAUCAGCCGCCUGAGCUCUUACCCCGGCAGGAUAGCAAAGAGCGAGCCAGGAACGGCGUGGACUCAAAGCACGAAAGCAGAGACAGGCCGCCUGAGCUUGUUCCCCGACAAGAGAGCAAAGACAGGGCUAGAACUGGACCAGAAUAUAAGCACGAUAGCAAAGACCAUCGUCCUGAUUUGUUACCCCGUCAGGAGAGCAAAGAGAGAGAAAGGAACGACAUGGAGCAUAGACAUGAAGGUAGAAUAGACCAGCCACCUGAGAUCCUCCCCCGGCAAGAAACAUCCAGAAGCAGCAGGGACAGGGUUGGGUCCAGUUCUGAAUCCAAGUAUGAGGGGAGAGAUCGGAGCUGCCACAAUGGAGGAGAUCCGCCUCCUCCUCCUUUACCCAGACAGGACAGUAAGGACUUGAGCAGAACUGGCCUUGAAGUGAGGCGGGACAGCAAAGACAGAAGUCUGAACGGCUCGGAGCAGCAUCAUUACGACGUCAAGAGCACCAAGAGCCCUUCUGCAAUGGAGUACAGGUGUGACAAUAAGGAACGAGGGUACAGAUCGGAUGGCACGCCCCGACGAGACAACAGAGCAAAUUACAACGUGGACCAGUCAAAAGCACAAGAGAGGAAUGGCAGCACAAUGUCAGGGCAGCACUCAUCAACAACAACACCUACUCACCACGGGAGGUCGUCAGGCAGCCCACCGAUGACCGUGGGAACAGGAAACGGUGAGGAUUAA